AAGCAGCGGCACUUACAGUACCCUUCCAUGAAACCGCAGCAGUGCAUACAGGAGAGAAGUAGCAACAGUGUCGAUCUCAUUAAACUCGUAUUGAUCGAUAUUGAUACAAACGUUGGUGCCCAUAAUAUCGAUAUCUGGAUCGACCCGAACACCACUAGUAGCGGCAGGAGCCGGUGAGAUCACAAGAUGCGUCUAGAAUGGACGUCACGUCUCUGUUUCUUGAUUCUUCACUUCGUGUUUGCAGACCAGGAAACCAUCUCAGCUCAGUCUGGGCAGAACGUCACUCUGACAUGUCAAGCUCCAAACAACAACAUCCCAGUUGUGGAGUGCAAAAGAGCUGAUCUGGCAGAAUAUGUAAUUUCAUAUCGGGAUGAGCAGUCUGAUCCAGAAGAGCAGCAUCAAUCUUUUAAGAACCGGGUGGAUCUGCAGGACAGAAAGAUGAAGGAUGGAGACGUGUCUUUGAUUCUGAGGGAUGUGAAGGUUAAUGACACUGGAACAUACGAGUGUCGUGUUGUACAGAAAUCAGGAGAAUCAAUGGGGCUUCUCUGCACCAUCACACUGAGUGUUGUUGAUCCUCCAGGCCAGAAAACCAUCUCAGCUAAGCCUGGACAGAAGAACAUCACUCUGCCAUGCCAAGUUCCAAACAACAACACCAACGUUGUAAAGUGGAGCAGAGCUGACCUGGAGCCAGAAUAUGUCCUUGUGUACCGGGGUGGACACUUUGAUUCAGCCAACCAGCAUCCAUCUUAUAAGAACCGGGUGGAUCUGCAGGACAGACAGAUGAAGGAUGGAGACGUGUCUUUGAUUCUGAGGGAUGUAACGAUUAAUGACGCUGGAACAUACGAGUGUCGGGUCUUCAAGAUGGGAGCAAGCCGCAAGAAGAGAGCUUAUCAGGGUGGUGACCUCAUCAGCAUCAUCAACCUGAGAGUUGUUGUUCCUCCAGACCAAGAAAUCCCAGCUGUGUCUGGACAGAACGUCUCUCUGACAUGUCGAGCUCCAAACAACAACGGUGAGACUGUAGAGUGGAGCAGAGCUGACCUGAGAGAUAAAUAUGUCUUAGUGUUGAAAAACAAGAAGCCCAAAGAAGAUGAUCAGGAUCCAUCCUUUGAGAACCGGGUGGAUCUGCAGGACAAAGAGAUGAAGGAUGGAAAUGUGUCUUUGAUUCUGUACAAUGUGACGGCUGCUGAUAAUGGAACAUAUGAGUGUCGUGUCUUAAUGGAGGAAACACAAUCAUUGGAUCUCAUCUGCAGCUUUACACUGAGUGUUGUUCCUCCGGGUGAGUGA